AUGACUCAAAGUCUAAGCGGAGUAGACCUCCGUCAGGUCAAGGGAGACACAGGAGUUCCAGCACGCGCCCACGAUGCAACGCGCCGCGACCCCGCCCGCCGAUUGGCUGAGACCCGCCGGUCCGCCCCAGGAUUGGCUGAGCCGUUAGGUCAGCCUAUUGGCGGAGCGAAGCGCCCGGUCAGUGAUUGGCGGAGAGCGCCGCGGGGCCUCGGUUGCCGUGGAGACGCGGCCUGGCCGCUGCGGGAGGGAAGACAGGGGCAACGGUUUGAGAUCGUUAAACGUUUCCCUUCCCUCCCCGCCGCUGUCUGUGCGGUGGCUGCUGUCAACCAUGUUCAUCUACUUGAGCAAGAAGGUGCUGUACAAGUGGUGACUUGGAAUGAACAGUACCAGAAGCUGACAACUAGUGACCAGAAUGGUCUAAUUAUUGUGUGGAUGUUAUAUAAAGGCUCUUGGUAUGAGGAAAUGAUUAAUAACAGAAACAAAUCUGUGGUUCGCAGUAUGAGCUGGAAUGCUGAUGGACAGAAAAUCUGUAUUGUGUAUGAAGAUGGUGCUGUCAUUGUGGGUUCAGUGGAUGGUAAUCGUAUUUGGGGUAAGGAAUUGAAGGGCCUCCAAUUAACUCAAGUUGCAUGGUCACCAGACAGCAAGAUUCUUAUAUUUGGCAUGGCGAAUGGAGAAAUACACAUAUAUGACAGCCAAGGAAAUUUUAUUGUAAAGCUGGUGCUACAAUGUCUUGCCAAUGUGACUGGUGCAGUCAGUAUUGUUGGUAUCCAUUGGUAUUCAGGAACUGAAGGCUAUGUUGAACCAGACUGUCCCUGCCUAGCUAUCUGCUUAGACAAUGGUCGAUGUCAAAUAAUGCGUCAUGAGCAUGAUGAAAAUGCUGUGUUGAUUGAUACUGGUAUAAAUGUGGUUGGCAUUCAGUGGAACCACUGUGGGAGUGUAUUAGCUGUUGCUGGUUCCCAAGUAUCAGCCGGCCAAGAUAAACAGAUCAAUGUUGUACAGUUUUACACUCCAUUUGGUGAGCAUUUGCGUACGUUAAAAGUGUCUGGCAAGCAGAUGUAUGCAGUGUCAUGGGAAGGAGGAGGGCUGAGAAUUGCGCUUGCUGUUGAUUCUUUUAUUUAUUUUGCCAACAUCAGACCAGAUUACAAGUGGGGUUAUUGCUCCAACACAGUAGUGUAUGCAUAUACCAGACCAGAUCGACUGGAAUACUGUGUAGUCUUUUGGGACACCAAGAACAAUGAAAAGUAUGUAAAAUACGUAAGGAGUCUGAUUUCAAUAACUACAUGCGGAGACUUUUGCAUUUUAGCAACCAAAGCUGAUGACAGUUCUCCUCAGGAUGAGAAUGAGAUGGAGUCUGUAGUUGCUAUGUAUGUUCUAGUAUUGUGUAAUUCCAUUGGAACACCCUUGGAUUCAAAAUAUAUUGACAUUGAUCCACUGUUUAUAACCAUGACAAAAACACACGUAAUUGUGGCCUCUAAAGAAGCAUUUUACAUCUGGCAAUAUCGUGUAGCCAAGAAACUCACAGCAAUGGAAAUCAACCAGGUAGCACGAACAAGGAAGGAGGGGCGGGAGAGAAUUUAUCACGUUGAUGAUGAAUCGUCUGUUGCAGGAGAUGGUACUGUAGAUUUCAGCAAAGCUUUGUCCACAACAAAGGAUGCAAUCUGCUGCGUCACAGCUUCUGAUAAAAUAUUGAUUGUGGGUCGUGAAUCAGGGAAAAUUCAGAAAUAUAGUUUACCAAAUGUUAGUCUGUUACAAAAGUAUUUGUUCAACUACAGAAGUUAUCAAUUAUCGCUGAACUGUAAUUCCAGCCGCCUUGCCAUCAUUGAUAUUGCAGGUGUUCUGACAUUUUUUGACCUUGAGACAAGAACAGUGGACAGUACAGGGCAGCAAGUAGUCGGCGAACAGCUAAAAUUUGAGCGUAAAGAUGUGUGGGAUAUGAAAUGGGCAAAUGACAAUCCAGAUUUGUUUGCUAUGAUGGAGAAAACCAGAAUGUAUGUGUUUCGAAACUUGGAUCCUGAGGAACCAAUUCAAACAUCUGGGUAUAUAUGCAAUUUUGAAAAUUUGGAAAUCAAAUCAGUACUUUUGGAUGAAAUUUUGAAGGAGCCAAACCAGCCCAACAAGGACUACAUCAUUAAUUUUGAAAUUCGUUCGCUACGUGAUAGCCGAAGUCUUAUAGAAACUGUUGGGAUUGAAGAUGCCUGCGCAUUCAUUGAAGAAAACCCUCACCCAAGACUGUGGAAAACUCCAUACAAUCCAGCUGAUGAGAAACUAAAAGAUCUGGCUAUUGAUCUAAGGAUCAAGUUGGGAGAUUGGUUUCGAGUUUUGCAGUUGUUAAAAACUGGUUCUGGCGAUGCUGAUGAUGCUCUACUUGAGCAAGCCUAUAAUGCCAUUGGAGAUUAUUUUGCAGAUCGUCAAAAGUGGAUGAAUGCUGUUCAAUACUACGUUCAAGGCCGGAAUCAGGAGCGGCUGGCAGAGUGUUAUUACAUGCUUGAGGAUUAUGAAGGUUUGGAAAAACUGGCAAAUGCGCUACCAGAAAAUAACAAACUGCUUCCUGAAAUAGCCCACAUGUUUGUUACUGUGGGUAUGUGUGAGCAAGCUGUAGCUGCAUUCCUCAAAUGUAACCAAGCUAAAUCUGCAGUUGAAACCUGUAUACAUCUGAAUCAGUGGAAUAAAGCUGUUGAAUUGGCUAAGAAUCACAAUAUGAAAGAAAUUGGAUCACUUCUGGCUAAGUAUGCAACUCAUUUGUUGGAGAAGAAUAAAACUUUGGAAGCAAUUGAACUUUACCGUAAGGCCCAUCAUUUCCUUGAUGCUGCAAAGCUCAUGUUUAAGAUUGCUGAAGAAGAGGCAAAAAAGAGAACUAAGCCGUUACGUGUUAAGAAACUGUAUGUGCUGGCAGCACUACUUGUGGAAGAUUAUCAUGAACAAAUAAAGAACACUCAGAGAGCAAAAUUGAAAGGCAGAAGAUCAGAGGCAACAACAGCUCUAGCUGGGUUACUUGAAGAAGAUGCUUCUUUGUCAGAUAAUCGCAUUAUUGAUAAUGCUUGGCGCGGGGCUGAGGCAUAUCACUUCUUUUUGCUCGCUCAGCGUCAGCUUUAUGAAGGCUAUGUAGAUGCUGCAAUGAAAACAGCACUUCAUUUGCGUGACUAUGAAGACAUUAUCCCACCAGUGGAGAUUUACUCUUUAUUGGCCCUUGCUGCUUGUGCAAAUCGGGCUUUUGGGACAUGUUCCAAAGCUUUUAUCAAGCUUGAAUCUCUAGACACGUUGACUUCGGAACAGAGACAACAAUAUGAAGACCUGGCCCUUGAGAUCUUCAUCAAGCACAGCCCUAAAGAUGGCAAGAAAUCCGAUUUGGACAGUCUCCCAGAAGGAGGAGAAGGAAAACUUCCAACUUGUGUCGUGACAGGUCGGCCAAUUGCAGACUACCAGUUCUGGAUGUGUGGUGUCUGUAAACAUUGUGCUCAUGAACAGGAUAUAAGCAACCACAAUUUUUGUCCCUUAUGUCAUAAUCCUGUUGGAUAGAUCAGCAAAGGCUAAAUUAAAAUAAAGUUUACAAAGCAGUAAUGGUU